AUGGAUUGGAAUAGACCCGGCAAGUUACUCCGUCCCAACCCUGAUUGGGAGGAAGACCUGUUCCUUACUUGUGUUGUGGGACCUGUAGAGCGAGCAAGACUUAAAGCAUAUGUAGAAGAUGUUAAACAGAAGAAACCAAGAAAGCCAUGUUACUGUCAGGAUGGGAGUCCCGGUGUAGCGCCUUUAAUGACACUCAAUAACGGCAGAACAAUACCUAGUUUGGGUCUUGGUACUUUCAUAGGUUACGAUUAUCAGGGUGUUCCUCUCCCCAUUACUACUUAUGACACACGAAGAGCCGUGGAGACUGCCAUUGAUGCUGGAUACCGUCUCUUUGAUACAGCUUAUAAGUACAAAAAUGAAGAUCAGGUUGGACAAGCAAUAAAGAACAAGAUAGCUGAAGGGGUUAUCCGAAGGUCUGAUGUGUUCGUCAUUACUAAGCUAUCCAAUCACUGCCACGCCGAGGGUGCUGUGAUCCCGGCUCUCAGAAGAUCCCUCCAGUUACUGGAGCUGGAUUACGUGGAUUUGUACCUGAUACAUUGGCCUGUUGGCUUGCGUAGAGACGGCUCCUACGAUGAGACGGACUACCUCGACACCUGGAAGGGCAUGAUAGAGGCCCGCGCUCGUGGCCUCACCAAGUCCAUCGGAGUGUCCAACUUCAACCAGCACCAGAUCGACAGGAUCAUAUCCUUGAGCAAAAUGAAACCUGCUGCCGUUCAGAUCGAAGUAAACCUAAAUAUCCAACAGCAUUCAUUGAUAGCGUUCUGCCACUCCCAUGAUAUCGCCGUCAUCGCCUACACGCCCUUCGGCUCCUUGUUCCACAGGCGAGCAGCAUACGGCGCGCCCCCACCUCGUACAGACACCCCUGUCCUCAGAAGGAUUGCUGAUAAGCACCACAAGACUGUUCCUCAAAUCGUGUUGAGGUACCUCGUGGAGUUAGGAGUGAUACCUAUCCCGAAAUCUGUGACUCCCAAGAACAUUGAGAUGAACAUCGAAGUUUUUGACUUCAAGCUGACGAGGGAAGAGAAGGAUGUCUUGAGGGACUUCGAGAGAAACUAUAGGACGAGGAAUAUUAAAUUCUGGAAAGAUUCCCCCCACUACCCUUUUGAGAAAUAA